UCGCUUGUUCUCUCGUUUCUACUGACACGCGGUUGAACGAUGCUUGCGAUCCUCCGACGAGAAAGACUUUUCCGAAGCUCUGAGAUAGUGUUUAUUCGACGAAGCACAGUCGGAGCCAUUGCCCCGUGACGACAGAAACGUUCGAACGUUCGAAAAAUUCGGCCGUUCAACCAUCACUCGUUCGCGAUCCCAUUUUUUUUCUCGUACGAGUAAAAAUGUUUGUGAAAAUUCUUCAUUCGUUGAUUCUCCUCCUCGCAGUGGCCACACUUUCCACCUCGCGUGCUCAAAACUCCGGAAACAUCUCCGAAAUAACGAAACUACUGAUCGAGCAUUUCGACACGGAUUUCGUUCUCGAGAGCAGCGAUAACGCGACCGAAUUCGAGCGCCUUCGUCGAAUGCAGUACCUCGAAAACCCCGAACGGAUUCUCCAGAGCAAGGUCAACGUUCUCGCCCGCCUUCUCAAGAUCCACGUCGACCACAUUCGCGACAAAACUGAUCAGGUCGAGCUCGUGUUCCUCGUCGACGCCUCCGCCUCCGUCGGCCUCGCAAACUUCCGCAGCGAGUUGAAUUUCGUGAGAAAAUUACUCUCCGAUUUUACGGUCGAACCUAACGCCACGAGGGUCGCGGUCGUCACCUUCGCUGGCAAGAGACACAUCCUUCGACACAUCGAUCAAAUCUCCAAAACCGAUAACGACCAACAAAAAUGCCAGUUGCUCAAUAAACAAUUGAGCAAUGUUUCGUACACCGGAGGAGGGACUUACACACGCGGAGCUCUCUUGGAAGCGCUGGCUAUUUUACAGAGCAGUCGGGAGGGAUCCGAGAAAGUUGUUUUCCUCAUAACGGACGGUUUCAGCAACAGCGGGGAUCCGCGGCCCGCAGCUAAACACUUGAAAAAUAUCGGCGCGACGAUUUUUACUUUCGGCAUUCGGACUGGCAACGUCGAAGAACUUCACGAUAUCGCGAGCCAGCCUGGCUACACUCACAGCUAUCUCCUCGACUCGUUCCCCGAGUUUGAGGCCCUCGCGAGGCGAGCCUUGCAUCGCGAUCUGAAAGCCGGACGCUACGUGCCUGUGAGUCGAUCGAGCGACUGCAAUCGGCUGUGCUCACCAAAAAACAGCAGCGAAGAGCUCGCGGACUGUUGCGACGAAUUGGCGACGUGUGCUUGCGGGACAGCGACCGGGCACUACGCGUGUCUCUGUCCCCGUGGUUAUUUCGGAUCCGGGCUCAAAGGGUUUUGUCAGCCUUGCCCGAACGGCACUUUCGAUCCUGGAGACAGGCCCAUCGAUUCGAACAGCCAAUGCACUCCGUGCUCGAACGUCAAUCACGUGACGUUCAAAACGCCUGCAACUUCUCCGGAAGAUUGUGUCUGUGCACCGGGAUUCAUUACGGAUGGUGAAAACUGCGAAGCGAUAAGGUGCCCGAAGCUAAAAGUUCCGGAGAACGGUUACUUCGUAAAGGCGAGUGCUUGCAGCAACGUUGUCAACGCAGCUUGCGGUCUCCGAUGCAGAAUCGGGUUCAACUUGAUCGGCGACAGUAUAAGGCUGUGUCGUAACGACGGGGUAUGGUCCGGCGUCGAGCCGCAAUGUCUGCUGAAGACCUGCGCGGCCCUGAGAGCACCGAUGCACGGUCGAAUCCGAUGCCAGCACGAGGAGAACGAGAAAAAAGUAAAAGCUGCCAACUUGACGGCGUACCCGAUCGACACGCGGUGUCAAUUCAGGUGCGACAGUGGCUUCCAGCUGCGAGGCAGCAAAGUGAGGAAUUGCUUGCCCUUGUCGAGGUGGGACGGUCUCAAGGUCACCUGCAAACAAAUAAAGUGCGAACCGCUGAGAAAACUCGCCAAUGGAAAUGUCACUCCGGAGAUCUGUACGGGGCCGAAAAAAUUGGCGUUUCAAUCGAACUGCACGUUUUCCUGCCAACAGGGCUUCCUCCUCGUCGGUCCAAAGACUCGACACUGUUCUGGGAAAAAUGGGAUUUGGUCACAGAGACACACCACCAACCAGUGCAUCGAUAACACUUCCCCGACUAUAACUUGCCCGAAAAACUCAACCUGGCAAACCGUCAGAGGCAAGGACUACGCGCUGGUCAAUUGGACGGUCCCAGUGGCUGCUGACAACUCUGACAAGGCUCCGAACGUCUGGAGCAAACCGCACGUCAAGCUGCCGUGGAGAGCGAGAAUUGGAUUACACAAAAUAGUUUACGUCGCCCAGGACUCGAGCGGAAAUAAAGCGAAAUGCAAGUUCUUCGUCCGGGUAGUCGAUGAGGAACCUCCGACGAUUGAGAACUGCGUCGACCCGCCAGUCUUUUUGACCGUGAGGCAAUCGGGCGAGGAAAAGGUCACUUGGAGCGAGCCAAUAUUCCACGACAACUCGGGAGGCUCAGUGAAAGUGAAGAAAAGUCAUUCGAAAGCCGAAUGCGACUGUCCACUCGGGAGAACACAAAUUUUCUACGACGCCACCGACCCUUUCGAUAAUUCUGCAAAAUGCGUCAUCAACGUGACUGUCGAGGACACUUGCCAAAACUUUCCCGUUGUACCAAACGGCCAAGCGAAUUGCGAGGACUUUGAGGGCGGCGCUGUCAAAUGUGUGAUUACUUGUGAAGACGGCUACGCCGUGGCGUUCGAUCACGAAAGCGAUUUGAUCCUGACUUGUGGGCUCGAAGGAAAGGGCUGGAACAACACGUACUUUCCUGAGUGCUCUCUGAUGGAAAUUCCGAAUUCCAUUGGUCGGGACGUCGACGUGAUUCUACAGGGCAAUUCCACUGUUUGCGAUAAUUCGACAGUGAUUCACGAGUUGACCGAUCAGAUUGCCGGAAAUCUGAACUCGAACAUCCUCGACGCUUGUGGGAAUGAAAUCGACUGCACUCUCAUAAAAUACGAUUCAAAAUGCGAAGAAGAAAUAACGGAAGACAACGAAGUUGCUUCGAACGCUCUCGGUCGACGGAAGCGUACGCUGAGCGGCGUCGAUGCUGGGAAAACGGGGUCGAAGGGUUCCCGCGUUCCGCGCCUUUCCUCAAAGACGACGAGCAAGCCGAAGAACAAGCCACGAGGGAAGAAGAAAAAGAGCAAAAUCGAGAUGAAGUUUCGUUUCAUUGGUAAAAUCUUAGCCGAGAAUCGGAACAAUCCAAAAGUCGGGAUCGAAAAAUUGCGAGAGAAAAUAGGAGCGAUGACGAAAUCUGGUAAACUGAAUUCGCUGAGCAACAAAACUCAUCAGGAGAUCGCUAAACUGGCGCUCAAUUUCAAUACGAUUUUCAAGGAAGCUCGAGAAAUUUGCCAAGUCGGUCGCGUCUUCAAAAAACACAAUUGCACCAAAUGUCCCAUGGGUACUUUCCACAAUACGACGAGAGACCAGUGCCAAGCCUGCUACUUCGGUGAAUACCAAAAUUCAACGGCAGCAACCAAAUGCCUUAAAUGUCCAGCGCACACGUUCACCAGGAAAAUGCAUACGAAAAAGCUGUCAGAUUGCCUACCGGUUUGCAAACCCGGCCAUUUCUCGCGUCGCAAAGUCCACCAAGUUUCUUCAGCUGGUCUGGAGCCCUGCACGACCUGUAAUCUCGGCUCUUACCAACCGGAUUAUGGAAAAACAUUUUGCCACGUUUGCCCAGACGACAAAACGACAAAUGACAGAGGAUCGACCAGCUUGGAGGAUUGCAUAACCGCCCCAAAAAUCCUCGAUCCCUGCCUUACAAUGCCCUGCAAAAAUGGGGGCAAUUGCACCUCCGAAAACGACAACUUUAGCUGCGACUGUCCCGAAAAUUAUCUCGGUUCGACGUGCGAGAGACGUCAAAACGCUUGCGAAUCGUCGCCGUGUUUGAACGAAGGCGAUUGCAGCUUUUUGGAUACGAACGCCACAGAAUUUUCGUACUCUUGUAACUGCAAAGCUGGAUUCACCGGGCGAAAUUGUCAGAUUUAUAUUGACGAGUGUUCGCUGAGUCCUUGUCAAAACGGUGGAUCUUGCAUCAGUACGGAAAAAGAUUUUCACUGCGCGUGCAAAAAUGGUUUCGAAGGUGAUUUUUGCGAGAUAGUUAUGAACCAUUGCGAGCCUUGGACUUGCGAGGAAGGCUCGACUUGCAUAACCGUCGAUGCUACGUGGCAAUGUUUGUGCAAGCCCGGAUUUCUCGGUUUGCGUUGCAACUUGUUGCCCUGCGAUUGGAUUCCCUGUCAUCCAAACGCCAUUUGUCUCAACGUGUACGAGAUCAACGCUACAAGAAACAGUUACAGAUGCGUCUGUCCGGAUGGAUACGAAGGCGAGGAUUGCGCAGCAAGGACAAAUCAUUGCAAAGUUCCGCCGUGUUUGAACGGUGGCAAGUGCGUAAACGGGCUUCUCAAUUACACCUGCGAGUGUCCGCUUACUUACAGUGGAUCGAAUUGCGAAACAGAAUUGACUCCUGAUUUCGUCCUGAACUUUUCGGAAGUUGGUACCAACGACUACGUCAUUAUGAAGGGCCCCAAAAAGAACGUUACGGAGUUGACCGUUUGUCUUUGGCUCCAAUCCGUCGACACUUUCAAUUAUGGCACUGUUCUGUCAUACGCGACCAAGUACCAGGACAACGCUCUCACCGUCACCGAUUACAAUGGCUUCGUGUUGUACGUGAACGGCGAGGAAGUCGUUACCGACAUAACGUUGAACGACGGUUACUGGCACUUUUUGUGCGUCGAUUGGAGAAGCGAGGACGGCGCCUGGCACGCUUACGUCGACGGGGUCUUAAGGGACAAUGGUACGCUGUUGGCGAAAGGGACAGAAAUCGGGGCCAACGGAAGCAUCGUCAUUGGCCAGGAGCAGGAUCGACUGGGCGGGGGCUUCUCUGCGUCCGAAGCAUUCCUCGGGAAACUCAGCUAUCUCGAUAUCUGGGACGAGACUCUCAGCCACGAGGAUGUCACGAGACUGAGUCGAACCUGCGAAAGUUAUCACGGCUCGAUCGUCGCUUGGGCACAAACGCGGCGGCACAUUCGUGGCGGCAUUCAAAUCCUCGACGCCGUUUUUUGCCGGGGUUGUCCAACGCCCGCGCCACCAACGAGUGGUUACAUCAGCCUCAGCGAGGACGGUUCCGAGGCUGGAUAUUGGUGUGAAACGGGCCAUUCCGUCCGAGUCGGAAAUUGGUUCGGUUCGAAUUACAGUCGAAAGUGUCUCAAGCACGGCCAGUGGGAAGGUCAUCGUGAGCCCAUUUGCACGAAAAUUAAAUGUGGCCACCCGGGAUAUUUUCCCCGGGGCCGUAUAACCGGAAAAUCUUUCAUGUACGGAGACGAAAUUAAUUACAAUUGCCAGGAGGGAUACGAGCUCCGAGGAAAUCCUCACAGAGUGUGCAACGCCAACGGACACUGGAGUGGGAACCAACCGAUCUGCAUUGGUGUUACUUGCAAAAAUUUACUCGCACCUGAGAACGGGGACAUCGAAUACAUCAUCGAGGAACACGAGAGAGACGACGUUUCGAUACUUCAGGUGGGCCAGCAACUCGAGUUCAAGUGCGACGAAGCCUUUCGUUUGUCCGGCGAGCGUUACUUGACCUGUCUCGAAACAGGGAAAUGGGACCACGUCAGACCGAGGUGCGUCCCAUCGGGAUGCCUGCCACCCAAAAUAAUCCAGCACGGCUACAUUUCGACGAAGCAGUCGACGAUUUUGCCAGCUUAUAAGAAAUCGAACGAGACUUUGGGGCCGUCGAAAUCCGGGGCGGCGACGGGCCAAAAUAUUUCUUCAGUUUUCUCCUUCGGCGACGUCCUCGGUUUCUCUUGUCACGAGGGUUACAAAUUUCGGGGGAACAGGAACUUGCUCGUUGAGUUUCGACUGCAGUGCUCGGGCGACGGGACCUGGGCGGGCCACGUCCCCGACUGCGUGAGGCUCCGGUGUGCCACGCCGAAAAAGCUUCAAAAUGGAAGAAUAUUCUUCCUCGAGGGGGAGAGAGAAAUCGAGAUUUUCGCCGAGGGGAAAUCCGAAGAAACGAAAGCUUUGCCGACUCUGCGGAACGGCACUAAAGAAAUUGAGGAAUCGGCCGACGGCGAGACCGAAAUCGAGCUCUUCGAUGAACUUGCCGGGGAAAAUGACGCGGAAAAUGAAAACUCGAAGCGAGAGGAAACAAUCGCUUUUACUCCGGGCACGAAAAUCUUCGUCUCCUGUAACCGGGGCUACGGGUCCGGACUCAACUUCUCGAGAGUGUGCCUCGAGAACGAAAACUGGUCGUCGGAGGAGCGCGGGUGCCCAAAACGCGAGUGCCCCUCGCACGAUCAUCCUGUCAUAGGUCUUUCGUUUGCGAACCAAUCCGCGAACGAAACGGCUACGAAUUAUUCGAAAAUAAUCGAAGGAACCUUGGGAAAUUUGUAUUUUAGCCUCAAAGGCGUUCAGUUCGAAGACGAGUUCGCUCUCUUUUGUCCAAACGACACGAAAAUCGACCUCGAAAUUAUCGGGGGCGAAAAGGAGUACGAAAAUCUAACUUGGGUCUGCGGAGACCAAGGGAAAUGGCAAAUUCGUCAUGAAAACGUUGACGAAUCAAAGUUAGCCAAGCUUUUUAUCGAGAAAGUUGAUAUUUGCCAACGGAUUACGUGCUCCCCACUAAAAAUACCUUCGAACGCUUACAUCGUUGAUGGCGACGAUACUGAAACGACGAUACGAAAGGUCAACGACACUUUGAAGCUUCGAUGCGAAACGGGUUACGACCUUGGAGGUCCCGAAACCGUGAGCUGCCUGCCAGGGGGCAAUUGGUCAGCGUUGCCGACAUGCAAUCGGGUUUUGUGCAAAAAUCCACCAAAGAUUUCCAACGCUCGCUUGAACGAGACGAGCGCUGAGAUGAGCGAAUACGUUUUCGGAGUUACAGUAACGUACGAAUGUGCCCGAGGCUAUCGAGUGUACGGGCAAGCAAACGCGAAGUGUUUGGCCAACGGAAAGUGGUCGAGAAUCCUGGGAAAGUGUUCGAAAAUAUCCUGCGGCAAACCGAAAAUCCCACCGGGAGUCACUGUUUACGGUCGAUCGUACUUGUACCAAGAGGUGCUCAGCUAUAAGUGCCCCGGCGGAGUUACAAAAGGCUCGAUAACGUGCCAGAGCGAUGGGAAGUGGAGCGAUCCGCCGGACUGCAAACCUAAAUAAACUUCGCUCUAUGAAGCUCGUAUUCAAACUUCAAAUAUUUGAGUUUCCUUCGAUAAUCGUAUGAAGCAUCGGACUACAAACUCAAUUUCCUGCAUUGAACAGCAUCUGUAAAAAGACCUUAGAGUUAAAUUUUCGCUUAUUUUUUAGUCAGCCCCUCCAGUGAAUCGUACUUUAAACUGGGCGAGACGUCGAGCAAAGAUGAAAAAGAGAUAAAAGCAUUGUAAUCCAUAUAAAGGAAAUAGGAUUUUAUUAUAAACAAUUCAUUCUCGUCGAUAA